UCAAGAGCUUGUCUAGGCUAGUCAGUAUCCUUGUACAAUGAGGUGCAUCGUGUUUGUUAUAACAACUUUAAUUGUUCAUCUGUCGGAAGCGACCACUGGUGGUGGUAAAGCUCCAAAGAUCCCGCUGAACGAUGGUAACUCUAUCCCGGCUUUGGGUCUCGGCACCUUCCUCGGCUUUUCACAGAAAGGACAGAAAGAAGUUAAGCCAGGGGACUCGGAGAAGCCAGUUAAAUGGGCUUUAGAAGCAGGAUAUAGAUUAAUCGAUACGGCUGCAUUGUAUUUAAAUGAAGAUCAGAUAGGAGCGGCCGUCCGCGCCUCUGGCAUUCCGAGAGAGGACAUCUUCAUCGUGACUAAGCUACCAAUGGACAAUCAGAGAGACGUGGUGAAACAAUUGGAGAAGUCUUUGGCGAGAUUGAACAUGAGCUACGUCGAUCUGUACUUGAUACACAAUCCAGUUGCUUUUAAUCCUGGAUUCAAAGGUUUCGACAUUGUAGAUUACUUGGACACCUGGAAAGGCAUGGAGGAAGCUAAAAAUCUAGGCCUAGCUAAAUCUAUAGGCAUAUCUAACUUCAACACCACACAAAUAGACAGAAUAUUAGAGAAUGGCCAAAUAAAACCUUCAGUUUUACAAGUGGAAGUGAAUCUACAUCUUGGUCAAGAUAAACUUAUUGACUAUUGCAAACGUAACGGUAUAGUUGUUAUGGCGUUUUCCCCGUUCGGCCCGAUGUUCCACGACAGCUUACCCUCAAUACGCCCCGACGACCCCACGCUCGUGGCCAUUGCCGAAAAACACGGAAAAAGCGUUACACAAAUCGUUCUUCGGUAUUUGAUCCAAAAGGGGGUAGUUCCAAUCCCUAAAUCAGUUAAGAAGAACCGCAUUGAGGAAAACAUUGACGUUUUCGAUUUCAAUUUGUCAUCUGAGGAUAUGAAUAAGAUUGGUACAUUCAACAAGGAGAAACGCACAGUCGGUAUGUCUUUCUGGCAGGAUCAUCCUUACUAUCCGUUCGAGAAGAGUGACCAAGUUCAUGACAAUCCUUUCGAAUCGGCAAAUUGAGAGCACUUAAAAUAAAUGAUAGUUCUUC